UGCCAGUGUUAGCCGCUUGGAGCGCGCUCACACGUUAGCUGUCAGUGGCGCUCUGGAGGUGGGUUCACAUUUUCCUCUCCGCAUUUCUCCCCGAAUUUCAAUGAUUCGCACGUGAUUGCGCAAUCUAAUCAAUAUUAGUGAUCUAGUGAAAAGUUAGCCAUGAAAAUCUGGACAUCGGAACAUACCUUUAACCACCCGUGGGAGACGGUGACGCAGGCGGCGUGGCGAAAGUACCCCAACCCCAUGAAUCAGGGCGUCAUCGGGACAGACGUGGUGGACCGGAAAGUGGUCAACGGUGUCCUGCACACCCACAGACUCGUCAGCUCCAAGUGGUACUUCCCCAAGUGGGCGCAGAAGUUAAUCGGCACGGCAAAAAUCUGUUAUGCUAGUGAAAAAUCCACCGUUGACCCUCGGAGUCGCGUGAUGAUGCUGCGAACGAUAAAUCUCACAUUCUGCAAAUUCAUCUCGCUCGACGAGGUGCUCUACUAUACGCCACAUCCCUCGGAGCCGGGCAAGACGCUGCUGAAGCAGGAGGCGACAGUGACAGUGGAAGGAGUGCCGCUCAGUCACUACAUGGAGGAGCUGCUCACGUCGCGGAUCAGCUUCAAUGCGGGCAAGGGGCGCCAGGGACUGGAGUGGGUGAUCGGGAGGCUAAAUUCCGAGAUGAAGGGCAUCGCUGAGUCGGCCUGCAAGAGCACCGACGAGAUCAUUACACAGACCAAGAAGUCACUGGACGAUAUCACAGUGACGGCGCGAAAGAACAUGGAUGAGCUGAGCGCCACGACGAAGAAUAUGCAUCUCUAAUGAUGAGUCAGCGACCGCAAGACAUGCCAAUAAUCCAAAAUCUAGCUAAAGUAACAUGAUAAUUUAUUUGUAAAUGAGAUUUGGAGGCAAAGACAUGCGUAGGGUAUUUAUAUUCAAUUUAUCGAGCGGCCGCUGUUCACCUGUGAGGGCUCAAAAUGACUGUCUCACCGUGAAAAGUGAUUGACAGUGGGUCGCGUUGUAUCUUUGAGGAGUUGUGGGUGAUUGAGAGAGAGAAAAAGAGAGAUUGCAAGGAUUAUACAUAAAUUUCUCCACCAUUGCUUCGAUAUAAUUUGAGAGUACCUAAUUGAGAGAAAGAUGAAUCCUUAAUGAUUCAUUAGUGAUCAAUAAAUUGGAUGUUUUCCUAAAAUA